UUUCCCAGUCGCCGCCGAGCACCGCCGUCUUGUUGCAGAAAAAUCUCAUUCUUCUCCGCGUCUUCUCUCUUUCCUCGGACGGGUCGAGCAUUAUAAGAGCCUCUCUCGCUUCCAAAGCCAUAAACUCUAAAACCCUUGUCUGUUUCUUUUCAUCACAUUAGGUAGACAUAGCAAAUAAUGGAGGGGAGAUUGGCUAAUAUGUGGAGGUUGACAGUGAACGAAAGUAAGUUCGUGGAAACUGCGUUGCAAUAUGAGCUCAGAGUCGAUGGUCGUGGUCUUUAUGAUUACCGCAAGCUUACUAUUAAGUUCGGAAAAGAGUAUGGUAGCUCAGAAGUUCAGCUGGGUCAGACUCAUGUGAUGGGUUUUGUGACUGCUCAGUUGGUACAACCUUACAAAGACAGACCUAACGAAGGAUCUCUCUCUAUCUUCACUGAGUUUUCUCCUAUGGCUGAUCCAUCGUUUGAGCCUGGUCGCCCUGGAGAAUCUGCAGUGGAGCUGGGACGUAUUAUAGACCGUGGUCUAAGAGAAAGCCGUGCGGUAGAUACAGAGUCACUCUGCGUUCUAGCUGGAAAGAAGGUCUGGUCUGUUCGCAUUGAUCUUCACAUUUUGGACAAUGGAGGGAACUUGGUUGAUGCUGCAAAUAUUGCUGCGUUAGCAGCGCUCAUGACGUUUAGGAGACCAGACUGCACUGUAGGAGGGGAGAACAGUCAAGAAGUUAUCAUACAUUCACUAGAGGAACGGGAGCCACUCCCACUGAUAAUACAUCAUCUCCCCAUAGCCUUUACGUUUGGAUUUUUCAACAACGGCAACAUUGUGGUAAUGGACCCAACUUACGUAGAAGAAGAGGUUAUGUGUGGGAGAAUGACUGUGACUGUCAAUGCUAAUGGCGAUAUAUGUGCAAUCCAAAAACCAGGAGAAGAAGGCGUGAACCAGAGUGUAAUCCUUCAUUGCUUACGUCUUGCUUCUUCAAGAGCAGCUGCAACAACAAAGAUUAUUAGAGAAGAGGUUGAAGCAUAUAACCGUGAGAAGAACUUACAGAAGGUGAAGCGACAUUCUACUUUGGCUAAAUCUGAAGUUUUUGGACCUAUUGUGGUUGUGAAGGAGGGACAUAAGAAGUCUUCAGAUGAGGAUAAAUCUGCAGAGAUAUCUCAGGAACAUGUCGAACUAAAGAACAGCAAGGAACAAGAAGCUGUUGCCUCUCCUGCCACUUUCAAAGGACCUGAAACUUGUUCUGUUUCUUCUGAUCCAGCGAUCAAGGGAAAGGCGAACGACUCUGGAGAUGCUCAGAAAGAAGUAACCGGAGAUGUAGAGAUGGAAGAUACACCUGAGGUUACUAAACACAAGGAUGGAGAGAAGACACUCAGAGAUGCUGUCAAGCCUAAGAAGAAGAAGCGGAAAAACAAAAGCACUUGAAAGAAGUUUGAUGUUAGCAUUUAACUACAUAAGAAAGAGCACAAAGUGAUUUGUUGUUUAGCACUUAAUUAUAUUGUUAUUUGUUUCUUAUUUUUGAAUUAUAUACAUCACCCUCAAUUACUCAAAAAAAAAUCACUAUCUAUUCA